AUAUUGGAGCAUCUACAACGCGGCGAACUGCCGCCACCCGAUUACGGGUACACCUUGAUUAGGGAUAGGCAACCUGCGUCAACAUCCGCCCGAGGACAACGCCCCCCACGCGUGCAUAAGCGCACCAUCAUCGAGCUACAUUUAGAAGUGCUCCACGAAUGUGAAGCAACCGAAUGGGAAAAUGUCAAAGACGACUAUUUGCAGAUACUUGUGGAGGCGUUUGCGCAGGAGUUGAUGCGGGACGAGGCAACGAAUAACAAUAUCUUGGUUGUUUCUACCGCAGACCAGGGUCCUCCAGGGAUCAAUGUUUCCUCCACCGUGGAUACACCCACUGACGCCGACGGAACGCACACUUCUCCACCUAACGACGAGGACCCCGAUCCUUGGAGUUGUAUGCAACACAUACAGUUAGAAACGGACCCUUGUCUCCCUCACGAACAGGACCCCGAUCCAUGGAAGUGUAUGGAAACCAUACACUUAGAACAACAAACGAGUCAUUCCCAACCCGCUGCGACGAAUGCGACUUCGGCCCCCGACCACAUUAAUUGGAUUACCUGGAUUGACCGCAACAAGCACCUAUUGCGGGCGUGCACGGGGCAGCCGUGGUUUCUGCAAUUAAAAGCGGAUUGGACACAACAUGUGCGUGAGCACAUGGUGGCAGACGCAGCAUCCGGUGAGCACAGGACAGCCGCAACCCUGGAGAGGAAGAAACUGGACUUGUGGAAAGCAUGGGUCGCGAAGCAACAUGCGCUUAUGCAUAUAUAU